GUCUAUAAUUUCUAUUAAUUUCUACACAUCAUCGACAAGGUAUUUCAAUUUAAGAAUAUGAUGAAAACAGCAUGGUGCCUAAAGGAUAAGUCAAUCAAUAUUUUUUAUUAUAUAUAAAGGAUGGGAUUGGGUAACAUGCUCUGCUAAAAUCUACAAUAUGGAUAGAUGGGUGCAGUUGAGCAGAAGAAGCAUACAAAUUAAUUAGUUGAGAUUCCAAAUGUAUUUGAGGUAAGCUAAAAGAAUAAUUAAUUUCUAAGCAAUUAAAAUUUGCUAUUUAUAGAGUUUUUAUGA